UAUUCUUCCAAUUAUACCCUUUCAAUUCUCCACGCAAAUGAUAGUAUGAGUACGUACUGUUACUAGUCCGACCACACACUAAGCAAAGGCCGACGAUCAACGCCACCACAUCAACAUGGCUUCCGACGGAUUUCAGGCGCUCGACGAGAAGUCACUGGUGGUCUACUUGAAGGCCACUCCAUCUCUCGCCGCCAAGCUAGGCAGCCACUUCGAUAACCUCGAAAUCAAGGAAGUCGGCGACGGAAAUCUCAACUUCGUCUACAUUGUUACUGCACCGUCUGGAUCUAUCGUCGUCAAGCAGGCUCUUCCAUACGUUCGCUCUAUAGGGGAAUCGUGGCCAAUGGCAAAAGAACGUUCCUAUUUUGAAGCAACGGUUUUGCAAGAACAUGGUCGCUUGUGCCCAAAUCAUGUCCCUGAGGUCUACCACUUUGACAGGAAAAUGUGUUUGAUUGGCAUGCGUUACAUUGAGCCACCUCAUAUUAUCUUAAGAAAAGGAUUGAUUGCUGGGAUGGAGUAUCCGUUGCUUGCUGACCAUGUAUCAGAAUAUAUGGCAUCGACGCUUUUUUAUACCUCCCUGCUGUAUCAGACCACUACCGAUCACAAAAGUGGUGUUGCUAAAUUUUGUGGAAAUGUGGAGUUAUGCAGACUUACUGAACAAGUUGUGUUUUCUGAUCCAUACAAAGUGUCUGAGUAUAACCAUUGGACAACUCCUUACCUUGAUGCUGAUGCUGAGGCGCUUCGGGAGGAUAACAUGUUGAAACUCGAAGUUGCUGGGCUGAAAUCUAAAUUCUGUGAGAGAGCCCAAGCUCUUUUACAUGGUGAUCUUCACACUAGUUCAUUCAUGGUUACUCCUGAUUCAACUCAAGUGAUAGAUCCCGAAUUCGGUUUCUAUGGGCCAAUGGGAUAUGAUAUUGGAGCUUUUAUUGGAAACCUCAUUUUAGCUUAUUUUUCACAAGAUGGACAUGCAGAAAAGGAGGGAGACCGUAAAUUAUAUAAGAAGUGGAUCCUGAAGACAAUACUGGAUACCUGGAACCUCUUCCAUACAAAGUUCACUGCUCUUUGGGAUAAACACAAGGAUGGUUCAGGUGAUGCUUAUCUUCCAGCAAUAUAUAACAAUUCAGAACUCCAGUUGCUGGUAAAGCAAAGAUAUAUGGAUGAUCUUUUCCACGACACUCUCGGAUUUGGUGCUGCUAAAAUGAUAAGGAGAAUUGUUGGUGUGGCUCAUGUUGAAGAUUUUGAAUCAAUUCAAGAGGCUGGUAAACGUUCUGAAUGUGAGCGCAAAGCUCUCAACUUUGCUAAGACCCUUCUGAAGGAGAGGAGAGACUUUCACAAAAUAAAUGAAGUCGUUUCUGCAAUUGAGGAUCUCGACACAUAAGAUAUCUUCAAGAGCUAAACUAAACAGUACUUUAAACCUUGAAACAUAUCAACAGUGUUUUCUUAAGGUUGGUUCCCAUACUUGGCUUUGUACUCUCCCCAGAGCUCUUCCACGGGUUUCCCGAGCAACUCAACCCAAUACGCAUUGUUGUAUUGGUACCUCAUCUUCUUAUUCAGUUUUACAGUAAAACCUGGAAGCAAACUGUCACAGUACUCCAAAAACCUCUCUGUCACACCGUACCCUUCAUCCCACUUCUUACCUGCACCGGGCUUAGUAUAAUAAGCCUGCCUGUAGUAGCCCGACUUGACCUUCACGUAGUCUGCAGUCCCCUCCGUGAGGCCACCGGGAGCUCCAAAAUUACCAUGCCACUGGAACACAUGAGUCAUCUCAUGAGUCAAUACAGAAAUGAACAUCCACUUUGAGACCGACCUAGGCUGGUACAUGUUGUACAUUGCCGAGGCACUUAUGUUGAUGUUGUCACCGUUUUUAUAUGCGUAACCGGGGAAUUCGGAGAUGUAUACAUUCAAAACAGGGACGUCCCUUCUAUCUUCAGGGCUACUUUCUUCAAAGACUUGAUGGAUGAAAUUGUUGAUGGCUGGCAUGAUUGAUAAGGUGAAAUCAACACCGAUUUCAGUGUCGAACAACUGGCCGCCCGGGGUGUUGGGGACCGUGUUCGUUACGAUGUAUUGGGUUGCAUGAAUGUGUUGUACCAGGCAUGAUAGAAGAAGAGAAACAGGGAUGAGGAAAAUGCAGAGGCUUCUAUUCAUGACUGAUGAUUGAUUAUCAAGGCAAAUUAGGCCAGUUAAAUGUGGUCUUAUAAAUUGUGUUAAAAUGAUUUCCGAAAUAUUUGGGCUGGGAUAAUAUUUUAUGUUAUUACCAAAUAUUUGAUAAAUUUCUUAUCCAUACCAUUCCUGUAA